CUGCAGAGGGCAAUGUAGUCCGCUUCGUCCCCACUUCCUGCGUAGGCACUUUGUUGCCCGGCUGGCAUGAUAGGAUCCGAGUUCUUGGAGUAUGUUUCAAAAUACCAGAUCGCCACCUACGUUGGCGUCGAAGAUUUCGCGGAUAAAUUUAACUUCAUUGUCACCGUCGUAGUUUUGCUCCUAUGUGCAACCGUCGUCACAGUCAAGCAAUACAUGAUGAAACCGAUUUCCUGCUACAUGGCGACAGAUAUUGGGGGCAAAAAUCUUUUGGAUUAUGUGGAGAACUAUUGCUGGGUACAGGGGACAAUUCCGAUUGCGUACGCUGGAAGGGUCCCGGAAUCCGACGCCGGCUGGGAAGAGCUAGAGAAGCACAAGUUGCUGUACUACCAGUGGGUCCCAUUCGUCCUCGGAUUGCAGUGCAUUCUGUUCUACGUCCCUCGCGUCAUAUGGCAGAUGAUUUGCUACAAUCGCGCGGGUACCGAUAUUCAGCACUUGGUAUUGAGUGCGAGUGAAGCAGUCCAUGCAACUGAUGAGCAACGUCUCAAAAUGGUUCAACACGUGGCGAGGACUUUGGAACAGUUACUGUUUCAUCAUCGAGAAUACCGUUCCGGCAUCAGUGUUCGAGCACUCCACAAGGUAUCAAAAUUUUGUGGCUUGUUUGUUGUCAGCAAACGUAUGGGAACUCGAUUAUUUGGCAUUUAUCUCUUUAUCAAACUUCUUUACUUGACGAAUGCGAUCGGACAAAUCUACAUGAUGCAGUCCUUUCUCGGGUUCGAUACAAAAAAUUACUCUUUCUUUGGUUUAACUAUCGCCCACGACAUACUUAUGGGUAAAGAUUGGCAAAGGACACUUGUGUUCCCACGAGUUGGAUUCUGCCUCGUACCGGUACGGCACAUGGCAUCGAGCAAUUACGCAACCGGCCAGUGUGUGUUACCGGUCAACAUGCUCAAUGAACGUAUUUAUAUCUUUCUUUGGUUCUGGAUCGCUUUAGUCGCCACUAUCACGGCUGUGAGUAUACCAACAUGGUUCAUGCGUAUGUCAUACCAAAAAACGCGGACGCGUUUCAUUAAGAAAUAUUUAAAGCUGGGCGAAGUGCUAACCAAAAAGGACCACGGCAUGGUAGAGAAGUUCAUGCGUCAGUUUCUACGACACGAUGGACUCUUUCUACUGCGGAUGAUUGCUCUCAAUGCAGGGGAACUAAUAUGUGCCGAUAUUGUUUGCCAGUUGUGGAAGACUUUUAAAACGAAAUACUACUUCCGCGAUUUGAAUGUAACUGAUGAGGAACAGGAAGAAGAUCGCCUAAAGAGAGUGAAGGUGUUGCCAGGAGUUGUAACUACACUAUCACGUCCAUACUCCCGCCAGUCGUCUGCCCCGCCUUCAUCUCGAAUAGAUGAAGAAGCGGUCAAGAAAUGUGCCUACGCCUGACGCGGCGAUACUCUCAGUGAAUCAUUGUUCAGACCGGCCUGCUAUCAAUACCAGAUCAAGUGCAAUUUGUAUUUUUACACCUUUGUUCCAUAUGACCAUAUAAUUUCGUGGCGUAAUAUUUUUAUGCCCUUUGUAUACAUAUAUUAUGUGUUGGGUCUGUAUAUUAUUUCCGCUCACAAACCAACAGACACGUGCUACACACACCAUCGUUCUUUACACGAUUGUCAAGAUUCAGGUUUGCUGACAGA